CUCUAAGUUCCUCCUCCAGGCUGACUGUGCAACAGUUAUUCUCUGUGCUGCUUCAGCACUGUGAUAGUUGGUGUAUUAGAGCUCUGUAUUUUGCCACAAGCACACCGUCUGCGAUCAUGGCAAAGAUCAGCUCGUGUUUCAAAUGGACCUUUGUCUUCUUUAACUCUCUUUUUGCAAUCUUUGGAGUUCUCAUUAUUGCCUUGGGUCUGUACACACAGCAAUAUGCCAAGGAGGUUCCAUUGAAGAAAGCCACUGAUUUAGAAAGGAAGGUGAAUUUCAGGACUGGAGUGAUUGCUUUGUAUGUGAUCGGUUCCUUCGUUUUCUGCUUUUCUGUUCUGGGAGCUUAUGGCGCACACAAAGAGAGCAAGUGUGAACUGAUUGUGGUGAGUACGUAGGCAGAAAGUGAGAACUUUAUGUUGAUUUAAGGAAGAAAUCUUGUUUAAGGGACCUUUGGGACUCUACAUGCGCUCCAUCUAGCUUAGAAUAAAAUGUAACGCGUUGCAACGUGGGACAUGAUAAUGUAGGAAUGGAUGAAAAAUUUCAUUUACUGAUCCAGGAAAUUAAUUGAGAACCACUAGGGGCCACAAGUAAAACAAAUAGAGCUAAAAAUGUGUACAGUCAUGGCCAUAAGUUUUGAGAAUUACAUAAAUAUUGGAAAUUGGAAAAGUUGUUGCUUAAGUUUUUAUAAUAGCAAUUUGCAUAUACCCCAAAAUUCUAUGAAGAGUGAUCAGAUGAAUUGCAUAGUCCUUCUUUGCCAUGAAAAUUAACUUAAUCCCAAAAAAACCUUUCCACUGCAUUUCAUUGCUGUCAUUAAAGGACCUGCUGAAAUCAUUUUUGAUGUCAAGAAUGGCAGCAAAGAAACCACUUCUCUCCAAAAAAAACAUCAGAUACAGAUUGAUCAUCUGAAGAAAGUAAAUGGACUGCUGAGGACUGGGGCAAAGUCAUAUUCUCAGAUAAAGCCUCUUUCAGAUUGUUUGGGGCAUCUGGAAAAAGGCUUGUCCGGAGAAGAAAAGGUGAGCGCUACCAUCAGUCCUGUGUCAUGCCAACAGUAAAGCAUCCUGAGACCAUUCAUGUGUGGGGUUACUUCUCAUCCAAGGGAGUGGGCUCACUUACAAUUUUUUUGAAUCAAGAAUGGUACCAAAACGCCCUUCAACAGCAACUUCUUCCAACAAUCCAACAACAGUUUGGUGAAGAACAAUGCAUUUUCCAGCACGAUGGAGCACCGUGCCAUAAGGCAAAAGUGAUAACUAAGUGGCUCGGGGACCAAAACGUUGAAAUUUUGGGUCCAUGGCCUGAAAACUCCCCAGAUCUUAAUCCCAUUGAGAACUUGUGGUCAAUUCUCAAGAGACGGGUGGACAAACAAAAACCCACUAAUUCUGACAAACUCCAAGAAGUGAUUAUGAAAGAAUGGGUUGCUAUCAGUCAGGAUUUGGCCCAGAAGUUGAUUGAGAGCCCAGUCGAAUUGCAGAGGUCCUGAAAAAGAAGGGCCAACACUGCAAAUACUGACCAUGUAAUUGUCGAUAAAAGCCUUUGAAACGUAUGAAGUGCUUGUAAUUAUAUUUCAGUACAUCACAGAAACAACUGAAACAAAGAUCUAAAAGCAGUUUAGCGGCAAACUUUGUAAAAACUAAUAUUUGUGUCAUUCUCAAAACUUUUCGCCACGACUGUAUGUAACUGUAGUGGAAAGCACAACCUGAGAGACAAGUGGCAUGAGACUAGUACUGAAAGUGCUAAAAGUGCUAA